UCUUCGAAUCGAAAGAAAUCCUUUUUUUCUCGUGCCCGGCUUCCCUCGAGUUUUAAUCUGUCAAGAAUCAGUCAAAGAUCCUAUGCCGAGCAGCUCAGUCCUACUCCAGUGCCGAAAAGACAGCGCGCUAGAUCAUAUUUUGGUCCACGUCCGCCGUCUCCAUUUCCAUUCAGAGGGCGCGGAAACUCCUUUGGAAAUCCAGCUGGGGAGGCGUCCGCCAUGUCGAGUGCUAGACACCUAGAUCCGCGUGCCACCACAGGCCCCAAGGCCCAGCUCGUGCGAGAGGCGCAGGAUUUGCAAAAAGCUGUAGCUGAAAAGGCUCUCAACAGUGGAACUGCCCCUCCGCCAUAUCAAUUUGUUGAACUGAUCGGUAAAGGGUCGUUUGGGCGCGUCUUUAAGGGAAAGCAUAACACGUCUAGCGAUGUCGUGGCCAUCAAAAUUAUCGACGUUGAUUCCACCGACUACAAGACCAGCGCUAAACUCCGAGAUGAAACUAUCAAAGAUUUCAUGAACGAGACGUCGGUCCUGCUACAGCUCAAGAACAGCAAGGCCAAGAAUAUCAAUAAGAUUGUGGAUGCUUUCUGUGUCCACUCCCAGCUCUGGAUUGUGAGCGAAUACUGUCCUGGUGGAAGCUUGUCGACCUUGUUGAAAGCAACCAAUCGCCCUGGAUUGGAAGAAAAGUUUAUUAUUCCAAUUGCUCGUGAACUGGCGGAAGCCUUGAAGUGCGUUCAUGAUGCUGGAAUUAUUCAUCGAGAUGUUAAAGCUGCAAACAUCCUUGUUUCAGAGGAUGGCCGUCUUCAAUUAUGUGACUUUGGUAUCUCUGCUGUUGUUCAGAGCAAGCUUGAGAAGCGAUCAACUAUUAUUGGUACACCUAAUUGGAUGCCUCCAGAAAUGUUAAACGGUGAACCAGCUGUUCGCGCUGGAUACGGUAAUGAGGUCGACUGCUGGGCCUAUGGUUGCACCAUUUACGAAAUAGCGUCGGGUCAUCCCCCAAACCACGGAGUUCGCCACCCUGAUGAGCUGGGUAAAUUGCUUCAGAAAGCUCCUCGUCUCGAAGGCGGUAAUUAUACUCAGGGUCUGCGUGAUUUUGUAGCGUUCUGUCUCGAAGAACGUCCAAAGGAUCGUCCGUCUAUGGACAAUAUCUUGAAACAUUAUUACGUCUUCAACACUCAAAAACGUUACCCCACCAAUAUCCUCAAGCAACUCAUUGAAAAUUACUACGUCUGGGAGCAGUCAGGUGGUCUACGCCAGUCACUCUUCGCACCCAGCGGAGCUGCCGCACUGAAUUUCCCGGAAUCACUCAACGACGAAGAAGACGGAUGGAAUUUCAGUACUACUGCUGAAUUCAACCAGCGGUUUGCAGACAUGGACCAAUCCGAGGAACAGGAAUUUACAUCACCCCUUCAGGAGCCUGAGCCCGUUCUCCAAAAGCCCAAGACUCGUCGGGAGAUGGCAUCGGAUAAAAACUUCAAGCAUCAGAAUGAGCAACGCGUGGCUCGUGGCGAAGCUGCCAUGAUGAGACUAUUUGACGAGAAGGCGGCUCCUUAUGAGUACGUUGUCCGAGACGAGCUUGACGAUCUGGGCCCUCAGCCUGUCUCAGAUUUGCCCUUCCGCAACCACCCGACCGAUUUCUCCUCCAUUCAGGAAUCUCAGAUUGACCUGGGCGGCUUCAAUUCCGACAGUGCUGGACUCGGUGAUAUCAACCUUGACCUGGCCAAUGUUCCGACCCUUAAAGCAAACCCGGCCAACCGUUUCCUCAAAGACUUGGACAAUGAGGAGGAAGAGGACGAGUACGCCUAUCUCCGUGAUGACCAACCCCGGCGUGCCACCCGAGAGUGGAAGUUCCCCACCACUCUCCCCGAGGAGAAUCUCAACCGACGCACCCAAGACUGGAAAUUUCCAAUGAUGAUGCAACCACCCCUUUCUGACAUGGGACCCGGUGAUGCUGUUGCAGGGACCGACUCGAUGGGUGACGGUCUUCCUCUUCGUCCUCGCCUCAUUCAUACCGCUACGGAGCCGGUUGGGAUGGGUAGUGAUAUUAGCUUCAUGCACCCGGGCCCAGCUGUCUCGCGCCCUGAAUCGCCGGUUCGUCGGUCGCUCAUUGAUCUCGACUUGGCUGAAGUCCCACGUCCCUCAACUUCCAGCUCAGCCGCGGACUCUGCAUCCACCACUCUUGGCGACCCAUUCCAUCUUGAGAACAAGUUCGCUUCACUUGAUGGAGGUGACAUGGCUUCGUCUGAGCCAUUCCCAGAGCCUUUCGAUACCGCCCUGCUCGAGCAAGGCGGCCCGGCCCCCGAUGUUGAAAUUGACACUGAAGCCACCAUGGUUUCUGGUUCGGGCUUGGGCGUUGGUCUCUCUUCUACUCCCGCCUCACACGCUUUCGAGACCCCUCACCGCUCGCGUCAGCCUAGCAUUUCGAGUGAGGAGUCCGUAUCUAGCACUGGCUCGGGUACACUCCGCAAAUACGGCACCCGCAAGGUUGGCACCAUGAUGGGCGAGCACCCAUUCUUUGAGGGAGGAGAAGAACCGGCAAGCCAGCGCCCAACAAACGGCGAUAUUAACCAGGAUGACUCCAACCCUACCGAUCCUACUGUCUGGGAUAACUUUGAACCAAAUGACAACCCCGCUGAACUUCAUCCGGGAUAUUGUCUCCGUCCUCCCACUCGCAUUGGCGAUCCAGACUUUCCAUUGUCUGAAGGCUUGAAGAGCAUUCCCACAAACGGGAUACGCGCCGCCGGUCCAGCCACGAGUGUUUUGCCUAUGACUGGAUCUGCUGGAAGCUCGUUCAAUACCGACGUUGCAACCUCGGCCAGCGGAGGCGGAGUCGCAUCUUCUGCGUCUUCGAUGGCAGGCAGUGGCUUCCUUGGUCAAUCGUUUGGCAGCAAUGAAAGUGCCGAUGAGACUGCGGACGACGAAGGCGAGGGUCUCGAAGACGUCAUCUACGGCCCGAAUGGCGAGCGAUUUGUUUUCCCGGUCGUCGCUCCACCAUCUAUGGAAGCUCUCCUUGAAGGGGCCAGCAACGAACAAGUCGCCACGGAGUUGACUCGCCUUUUAACCGAUUUCCGUGCUGGACUGAGCAUCACUCGAGAGCUCAUCCAAGCCCAUGCUGCACAGCGAGAGGCUAAGAAGCGUGGAAAUGGUGGAGGUGAAGAUGGACCAGGUGGAAUUGCCGAGUAACGCGUCGGUCUCGAACUAUGGGGACGAUAAUGACGAUAUGGAAUGAGAGAAUUAGGAGAUGGCGAUGA